UUUUUUGUCUCUAUUUAUUGUAUUUAUAAAUUUAAUUCUUUUAUUAGUUGUUUAUGAGGGUAGAGAAUUUAUGGGUUUGGAGUCAGUCAGGAUCAAACAUUUGUUGCUUUGAAGCUUGGAUUUUCCUGUAGUUUAUAUUGAUAGAAACUUAAAACUCUUUUGGGUUGUUGAGAAAGCUAAGAAAAAGAGCAAAACAUUAGAACCCCAACUUGGCAAACUCAGAUGGUUUCUUCAGACCUUGUUGACUAAAUUUUUUUUGCUUCUUUUUGUAGGAAAUAAUAGAAAUUUAGCAUUCAGUAUUAGUUAUUCUAUUUUCUGAGUCACCCUACUGACCUUAAAUUUUUCUGAGGAUCAGAGUCUGUUGAAUCAAACCUCUGUUUCUUUGAAGUUUGGGGUUUCUGGUACUUUGUGUUGAAGCUUCAGAAAUUUAAAACCUCUGUUUGGUUGUUGAGAAAAGAAACGAUUUUUUUUUCUUUCAGUUUUUUGCUUAAUUCUGGGACAUGAAAAGCUCACUUCAGCUAACUCUGAUGGUUGUAUUAAAUAUAGUUGACUAGAGUUUUUUUUAGGUCUUUUUAUUUUCCUUCUUGUUGGUAAUAAUAAUAUUUAAGAUUCAGAAUCAAUUUUCUAGGUAACCGAAUUGGCCUUAAAUUUUAGUUUUAGUAUGUCAAGUUUCUAUUCCCAGUAGUGCCAGAAUGAAUGGGAGUGUAGGCCUGAAGGGUUGUUGAAACUUUCCGAAAGUGAACCUUUUUUGUUGGAAUCUUUCUCUGAAAAGAAUGGUUGAAAGCAUAGUUUGAACGUGAAAUGCAGAUGAAUUAUUGACCUAGAUUAUUACAUGACUAUUUGAUCAAUUUUUAGGGGUUCACUCUGAUCUCUUAUUCAUAUUUAUUUAUGAAGUGAGGGAAUUUGGGCAACCCAAAUGGUGAAAAAAAUUUUGGAACCAUCAAUUCAAGAGCACAGAAAGGAUUCUAACUUCUAUGUUGUUAGUAUUCGUUUUCAUGGGUUUCCCCUUUUCCCAUGUACUGAUUACUUAUACCUGGUAAAAAAAUCCUAAUUAUUCAAACUCAGGCAUGCUUUGAUGCUUGCCAUAUCAUGAUCCUUUUACUUUCUUGUUAGCACUUGAGUAUUGCUUUACUUUUUCUUUGACUUUAGUGGUAGAAAGUUUGCAGGCAGCAUUUUAUUGUCUAAUGAUGAGUUUGGCCAUUGUUGAUCAAGUGGAAUUUUAGGGUUGAGCCCCUAUAGCUCGUCUUCUCAGCACUUUCUGUCACAAACAGUGUUGAACCCUUGUUCUCUUUUUUGUAACUUUCUGACACAGCAAAAGGCUUAGCUAGCACUUUGCAGGAUUUGAAAAUCUUCUCCCUCAUAUUUUCUUCGCCUUUCUGUAAAUGCUGAUAGGAAAUCCCCUGCAUGUUAGAUGAACUCUGCCCACCAGGACUUGUAGCUAGUAUUUUAAAUUCUCUGAAAAAUCUGUGGAGAAGUGAGGAUUGAAGGCAAACAAGAAGAUCAGUGUAGAAGACGAGAUAUCAGUCCCCAUGAUUUAAAGGGCCAAGAUUAUGAGGUGCAUUUGGAUCUGUUGCCUGAUAAUACAUUGAUUGGAGAUGGAAUGGUUAGGAAUUCACUAGGAUUAAAUAGUCUCAUGGCAAGGAAAGGCAUGGUAGAUGGAGGAGAGCAGAUAACACGGCAUACUGCACCUUCCAUUGAAUCGGAAGAGAAUGACAGAAGAACAUACAUUUAUACUGAUGAGAGUGCACUUUUGGACUGUGAAUUGCCAGAGCUGGUUGUUUUUCUUCAGGAGAGCAAGUAUCAGGCUAUCAAGGACUUUUGUGCUGAUGGGGAAGUGCCUUUGCACUCAAAGUCAUUGACAGAAAAUUGUGGGUUGGAUCAUAAUAUUGUCUCUUGUUUACUGAACUCCGAUGCAGACAGUAGUGAAUUACCCAAAGAAAGACAGAGCACACAGUCCUCCAUUUCAAACAGUUCAAAGUCUUUCAUCCAACAUGAUUGCAACGAUUAUGUUGUUGAGCAAUGUGGUUCCAGGAACUUGGAGAAAAAAAUUGAAGUAGAUUUUGAUGCAAGAGAUAGGGUGUCAAUUGAAGGAUACACUGGGAGGAUUACACCUGAAACACGGUGUCUGGUUGGAGAGGCGGGUAGCAAUUGCUAUCACUUUGAGUUAUCCAAUCCCAUUGGACAUGGAUGUGGACAAAAAUGUCAUCAGGGUUCUAGUGAGGAAGCAGUCUUGGCAAACUCUUUGCUAUAUCCUGCACCUGAAGAAAUCAGCAGCAGGCGCCAUGCAAUUGAGGCCUCUUUCAGAGGUGAGAUCAAGAGUGAAAGCAUCCCUCUAGAUAUUGAUUCAUCUAUAGCCACAAUAAGCAGCAGAGAAAAAGAGCCGCAAGAUGUGGACUGUCAACAACAUUUUGAAACCGAAAAUUUGUUUAGACUUGAUGAUGGUGCUUCAGAAAGUUUAACAGUUUCAACUCAAAGUCUUGUUAUUCAAAAUGGUCAUGAAGAGUCCAGUUUCUCUACACCUGGCCCUCUUUCAAACUCCAUAGCAUUCUCAGGACCAAUAUCAUAUUCUGGCAGCAUGUCUCUCCGGUCAAAUAGCAGCACACGGUCCUUCGCUUUUCCCAUAUUACAAUCUGAAUGGAAUGGAAGCCCGGUGAAAAUGAUAGAACCUGACAGAAGACACUCUAGGAAGUGCCGACCUUGGAGGUUACAUUAUCUCUGCUGUAAAUUCUAAUCGCUUUCCUGUGAUAAUCACCACAGUGUUGUCCUUAUUUUCUCCUUAUUGUCAUGCUGAAUUAUGAUUUGAAGUAUGCAUGCUUUGAACAAUUUAGCAUCACGAUAAUUAUCAUUCUAACAAUGUUCUCUUUAUACUGUUCU